AACACACUGAUUUUGAUUACAGGGGGCAAGUCGGAAAAAUGCCCACCCUAAAGGAUAUCAGUGUGAGGUUGAAGUCAGUGAAGAAUAUCCAGAAGAUCACUCAGUCCAUGAAAAUGGUGUCAGCAGCCAAAUAUGCACGUGCUGAGAGAGAACUCAAACAGGCACGACCUUAUGGAGAAGGUGUCAAGGCCUUCUAUGACAGAGCUGAGGUGAAGCCUCCAGUAGAACAGGGGAAACGUCUCCUAGUUGCCAUGUCCUCUGACAGAGGGCUCUGUGGUGCCAUCCAUUCAAACAUUGGCAAAGCCAUCAAGAGUGAAAUGGCUCAUAGUGCAGACAACACCAUGAUUGUAUGCAUUGGAGAUAAAGCCAGAACCAUCCUCCAGAAGCUUUAUCAGAAACAGAUCCUUUAUGUGGCUUCAGAAGUGGGAAGAAAACCCCCAGUAUUUGGAGAUGCUGCCAAGCUUGCUCAGGCCAUUCUUUCCUCUGGAUAUGAUUUUUCCUCUGGGACCAUAUAUUACAACUGGUUCAAGUCGGUUGUGUCAUACCGUACAAGCCAACUGCCGCUCUUUAGCAUGGAGCAGGUGAUGCAAUCAGAAAAGUAUCCAAUAUAUGACAGCCUUGAUAAUGAAGUGAUGCAGAGUUAUAUGGAGUACUCCCUCACAUCUCUACUCUUUUAUGCAAUGAAGGAAGGUGCAUGUUCUGAGCAGUCCUCUCGAAUGACUGCCAUGGACAGUGCCACCAAGAAUGCAGGAGAGAUGAUUGACAAGCUCACAUUGACAUUCAAUCGAACUCGUCAAGCAGUAAUCACGAAGGAGCUGAUUGAGAUCAUCUCUGGUGCUGCUGCUAUCUAGAACUUUGUAGACAGAUCUUGUGGUCACUGUUGAUAAUGUUCAUACAGGUAUCUCUGAAGAAGUAGUCAUGAAAGUAUUGAUUUGUGUGAUGCUUUGCCACCAUGGGGUACAAGCAGAGGAGGUUGUGCAUUGCGUUGAGAGGUGAUCCCAUCAAUGUUAUGCUGCAGGUCACCCUGGAUAUGUGCAAGAAAUUGUCUCAGCCCUUCAAAAAGUCUCUUUCCAGGAAUCUGUAGAAUUACAUUAUGGUUUCAUCACUCCAGCAUGCUUGCUCCAGUGUCUGUCAUCUACUGCUAUAUUUCUUGCAACAUGGUCUAUCAGUAAAGUACAGAAUAUCUCUAGAACCAUGAUUCCAAGUCUGUUGCAGAUGUGCAUAUGAUUUCCAUCAAUUAUCCCUGUUUGAGUUACAGUUCCUUGUGGAAAAGAGGAUUUUAAACUCUCUCUCAAGACAUGAUAGAAGAAUUCCCAUUCCAUCAUAUCAACUUGCAAGUCCAAUAAAGCUUGGAAUACUCUGGCUCUCUCAAUAUGCAACAUGCUCAAGCAUGCAGUAGGUUUCAACUAAUCCAGAACUGAA